CAUGGCUGAUGGCCGCUAGAGGAGUUUAAACAGACGUCUUUAAUUUUUAAAAUUUUCCAGAUUUUCACCCGUUAUUUGUAUUAAUUUUUCGUUUAACCAUUAAAACUAAUAUAUUUUUAUUAAAAAAACAUAUAAGUGUUAGUUAUGGGAGACGGAUGUAAACAUUUAAAUAAUUUUAAAGUAGCAAAAGGAAUUCAGCCCUAUAAAACAAUACACGCCUUCUUUGUAUCUUGUAUUUCAGCUGAUGCACGCAAAACCAAGGCUUUGCAUUGUUAUUGUUAUUCUUGUAAGAAGAUCGAGCCAAGGCUGCAUUCUUGCAUUCACUGCAUCUACUUUGGGUGCUAUAGCGGUGGCCACAUCCAAGAGCAUGCCAAGUCAAAAAAACAUUUUCUGGCUGUGGAACUCAAAUAUGGCAACGUUUUGUGUUUCCAGUGUGGAGAUUAUGUGUAUGACUCUGAGCUUGUGGAGGUUGCGCGAGAGAACAGAUCGAGGGCUGCGGCAUGUCUAGGCGUAUCAGCGAUCUGUGAGCCAUGGAUCCCUAGAAUGCGUGAAACACAGGUAUUGCGCAGUAACCCUCGUUUGCGCACCAUUCUCAAAGACACUACUAUAGGCCUCCGAGGUUUGCUGAACCUCGGCAAUACAUGCUUCAUGAACUGUAUCGUGCAGGCAUUGACGCACACCCCACUGCUGCGCGACUACUUCCUUUCUGAUCGCCACAUCUGCCAAUUCCAGGAUCAGCCAGGCCGCUGUCUUGUGUGCGAAAUAUCAUCACUCUUCCAGGAGUUUUAUUCAGGUCGCAAGCCACCACUGGUCCUACAUAGACUGCUCCACCUGAUAUGGACGCAUGCCAGACACCUGGCAGGCUACGAGCAGCAAGAUGCCCAUGAAUUCUUCAUCGCCACCCUGGAUCUGCUACACCGUCACUGUAAGGGCACCACUGCCCCCUCUAACCCGCACCACUGCAGCUGCAUCAUAGAUCAGAUCUUCACUGGUGGACUGCAGUCUGACGUUGUCUGCACAGCAUGCAGAAAAGAAAAAUGUGUUUUGUCAGUGCACUUCAACAAGAACUGUGGGGUAUCGACGACGAUAGAUCCAUUCUGGGACAUCUCGCUGGACCUAGGCUGCAGUGUAGGCAACUCGCUGUCGCUGCUGGAAUGUCUGCAACAGUUUACGCGGGCAGAGCAUCUCGGAUCAGCGGCCAAGAUCAGAUGUAACAACUGUGACACAUACCAAGAAUCCACAAAACAACUGACCAUGAAGACACUACCCAUCGUUGCCUGCUUCCAUCUCAAGAGGUUUGAACACUCAAAUCGGCUUCACAAGAAGAUCUCAACAGAAGUUGCAUUCCCACAGGAGUUGGACAUGAGCCCUUUUAUGUCACACAAACGCAAUAACCACACACUACACCCACCUUAUUCUGCGGCUGUACUAGAAGAUUACAGGUACUCAUUAUUUGCUGUGAUCAACCAUGUCGGCUCCCUAGACACAGGUCACUACACAGCGUACAUUCGACAGCAACACAGACACUGGUACAAGUGCGACGACCACAUGAUCACCAGAGCCAACAUUAACCAGGUCUUGGACAGUGAAGGUUAUUUGCUGUUCUAUCACAAACAGAUUCUGGAGUAUGCGUAGCUUUCUGUGACGUCUUUUAUACCAUCUGGGGAAUAUGUUUUUGAGGAGUGACAUCCUGCAAUUGACCUCAUUAGAGGUAAACUAUCAACACCGUUGUCCAGCAUUGAAAAUCAACCAACCUUUGGAAAAUAAUAAUAAUAUAUAUAUUCUUGGUAAUCUAUAUAACAUUUAAAAAUAAGUAUAGAUAAAAUAGGCAGGUUCAAAAAAGGCCUUCUUGGUUGUUAGAUACCAUGGUUUUAUUAUCAAUUUAUCAUAACAUUAUUUCCAAUCCCUAAAAAAAUUUAUGGAAUUUAGAUUUUUCUCUUUAUAAAAAUUCGAAAAUAUAUUUGUGAAUGUUAAAAUAGUAAUCAUAACAAAAAUCACUUAAAAAUAUUAUGUUUAUGAACAUAAUCAUGAAAUAUAGUGAUAGUUAACAAUUACUAUAAAAAUAAAAUAUAAUUAUGUAAUUGUUUUACAGUAAUUGUUUUCAAUGUUGUGUUUAUAUUGAAUAAUAUAAUUUAAAUAAUUUAUUAAUUUCAAAUGUUUAUUAUAAUACUGGAAUCAGUGUCAAUUGUCUAUUAAAAUCACAAAUCCACAUUUCUUUAUGUUUUAGUGUGAAAAAUAAAAUGAUAUAAUUGUUAUUUAUUUUCUGAACAACGAGGAAAGCAGAUGUGCCAAUAUUUCACAGUUCAAUAGAAAGUAAAUAGUGCAAUGUUUUA